GGGGUGCCGUCCCGGCUGCAGGAGCUCCGGGAGCGCCAGCGGGGGCUGCGCCAGGCUCUGGGGCUGCGCCUGCGGGAGCUGCGGCGCCUCUGCCUGCAGGAGGCCGAGCUGACGGGGCAGUUGCCCCCCGAGUACCCCCUGGAACCCGGAGAGAGACCCCAGCCCCCCCCCCGGCGCCGCUCCGGGGCCCCCCCGCGGGGACCCCCCCCCGAGUGGCCCCUGUACCCCGACGGUGGCUCCCGUCCCCCCGUGUGUCACAGGGGCACCCCCACGUCCUGCGGGUCCCCACACGUUCUGGUGUCCCGGGCACGGCGUGAGGCGCAGGCCCAGGUGCAGGUGCAGGCGCAGGUGCUGGAGGCCGCGCGGCGCCUGGCGGCCGUGCCGGGGCUCCCUCCCGAGCAGCGGCGGCGCCGGCAGCGCCUCCAGGCCGAGGCUGCGCAGAGGCUGCGGCAGCUGCGGGCCCAGCUCGGCACCCCCGGGCACGAUGAGAACGGGUCCCUGGGUGACCUCCCUGCGCUGGAGAAUGGUGCCCCGCCCCCCCCCAAGCCCCCCCCCGGUUGGGCCCGGCCGCCCCUCCCCCCCCCGGGGGGGCUCGGGCAGCCCCGAGCGCCGGCCCCUCCCCCCCUGGAGCCCGAGGGCCCCCCCGGGCGCCGCAGCUCGCUGGCCACGCCCGCCAGCCCGGCGCGGACCCUGCCCGCAGCGCCUCCAGCCUCGAGGGCCGCAGCGUCCCCGCCACGCCCGUGCUGGGCCGGAGCCCCCGCGGGACCCCGCGGGAACGCCCCGAAGCCCCCCGGGGUUUGCCCCCCCGGCCCUGGUCCGGCAGCCAAGAUUCCCAAUUGGGGGGGGGAGGGGGUGGGGGGUCCCCACUCUUCCCAUCCCCCCCAUCCUCCCACCCCCACCCCCACGCCCACCCCCCCCCUCUCGGCGCCCCCCGCACCCGCCGCAGCAACAGCUCCGAGGCUUUGAUCGAUUGGGGGGGGGGGCGGCGGCUCCGAGACCCCCCCGGGGCUGCGCGGCGGAGGAGGAGGAGGAGGAGGAGGAGGGGCGGGGGUCUCGGCGGCCCCGCCCCCCCCCAGCGCCGCCGCCGCCCCCUCCUCAUUGGAGCAGCGGCGCAGUCAGAAGUGGCUGGCGCUGGAGGGGCUGCGGGAUUGGUACCUGCGCCACACCGGGACCCCCCCCCGAAACCCUGGCCCUGCCGCCCCCCCGCCCCCCCCCAGCACCACCGAGCUGGGCCCCCCCCGCGCCGCCGGGACCCCCCCCCCGGCCGCCGCCGCCGCCGCCCCCCCCCCCCCCCAGCCGCGCUGCCGCACUCGCUCAGCUACGCCGGGGCCCUGGCGGCCAGGGACCCCCCCGGGACCACCCCCCCCUCCCCCUCCCCCAGACCCGCAGCCCCCCGGGACCCUCGUGUGACCCCCCCCACCCCCCCAAAAAAAAAAACCCUGCCCAAGGGGGGGGGGGGUCCCCAGCUUCGUUUUGGGGGUGGGGGAGGGGUCCCAACAUCCAGGGUGGGGGUGGGGAGGGGGGUCCCCAA